CUUAGAUAAAGGGGAAAUAAAACCAGGCCCCGUGCCGAAACACAUGGGAUGGCUGUACACCGCCAGAGAUGCCCCUGAACAUCAAUUGAGAUGCGGCUGGCGCCCAGGUCACAUCUCCUGCCCGGUUCUCAGAAAAAUCGAGGCGCAUAAUUGCGUUAAAACGGGCGAAUGCACCCCGUCCCCUUCAAUAUGUGCGCGGCCGACAUGUUCUAAACCAUGUUGCAUACCUCCCAAGUGCGUUACCGUCUGCCCAUCUACCCCGUCUUGCUGCAAGCAACAGCAACCUCCAUGUGGACAAGCGCUCAUAAGAAUAGUCAGACAUGGUGGAAACUACAGUAUCUGCACCAAACCGUCUAACAUUAGCAAUGCACCCUCGGGGCCUUACCCGCUGAAGUAUGUUCUAAACAUCGAUGAUGAGGAACCUGAACCAUCGGGUCCAAAUCCUCCACCGCCAACUAAAUACAGCGUGGAAGCCAAAUUUAAUGACUACCACUUUGAUUAUACUAGUUCGCAGUCAUCUUUUGUACUCGAUUUCUCACCACCUGAACAACGCUGUUAUAAACCAUGUCCUAAAAGGAGCAUAGUAUGCAUGUUAUGCAAGACAGACAAAUAAUAAUUUUAAAAACAUAUCUAAAAUAAUCAAAUCUGAACAUUAAAUCAAUCUAACGUGAUAAACAAGAAAGGAUAUUGGCAGAGUGCGAGAGAUUUAAAAAUAUUAAUCUUAUAUAUAACUAACAUACAUCACAAUGAACAUCUUAUAUGUUUUGGUUUGGCUAAAGUAUUUAAAAUAUCGGAUGAAGAGAAUAGUCUUACAAACUAUAUUGCAAACUCAUUGAUGAAGAUGGUCAUGUAGAGUAGGUAAGGUACAUCGGCGUAGUGUAUAACGUCGAUGGUAUCUAAGAUUAAUUUCAUUCAUUAGUCUUAAUUUCUAUCUAAGGUACCUUUUUUUUAAACUUUCUUACGCCAUUAAA